UCCCCUCUUCCCUUCCACCAGCGAUGCCGCCGGCGACGACUCCCCGCGGCGGUGCAGGGCGGGUGCCCCCCUCCGGCGACGCUCGGAGCCCGGCUAAGCGGCCCCGCGACUCAGACGACUCCGGCUCCGACGGCGACGGCGACUCCGAUUCGGACAGCGACGGGGGCCUCGUCAGCGACUUGAAGGAGAUCGUAUGCCUGCUGCGGCUCAUCAAGGGCGGAGCCAACAGGGACGGGCAGAGGAUGUGCGAGCAGAUCAUCGCCAGUGUCGCAGCAGAGAUUCAGACUAUGCUAGAAGAAACCCAGCUGAAAUUUGAGAUGGAAAGGCAGAAUUUGUUGAAAGUACUGUCGAACACUUCCAAAGAGCAGUGCGAGAAUUCACUGAAUGAAGAGUACAGCAAGUUGCAAGAAACAUAUGAUAUGUUUUGUAGAGAAAAGGAUGCACACAUGCAAACUUUCAGAGACCUGUUCUCAGAAGUUGAAGUUGAGAAGAAGAAAUUGCUUGAGCAGUACGAACAUCAUAACCUGUUCUCAGAAGUUGAAGUUGAGAAGAAGAAAUUGCUUGAGCAGUACGAACAUCAUAAGAAGACGGAGACCACCAUGUUAUCAGAACUUGACAAAACAUUCUCAGAGAAAGUAACAUAUGCAGAGCAAUCUGUCAGAAGGAUGAAGAAGGAUGACAAGUCUUUUAUCAUCUUACGCAGGAUGAUGAUUUUGACCUUGACGAUGAGUGAAGCUAAUACUCCAAGAAUAGACAGUAAAUAAAAUGGAAUUUCUUCGUUACUUCUUGGCCUUUGAUUCUUUUUUCUGUGCAGAUUUAUUAUACUUCAGUAGUAUGCAGUUUGUAAUCCCAUUGUAAUAGCUUCUCCAGAUGAGCUCGUUGCAUCAACCUGAUCGUUGAGAUUCAGUAAGCCCAGGAUAAAUCACAAUUCUGGAUUUGGUCUGGAGCUUGUUGCAUA